AAGACCAGCCAGAAGGACCGUGAGAUACAUCUCACGAGGGAAGUAUCCCCCACUUUUCUCCAGUUGAUCACGUAGUCUGCGCCCCCCCUCCCUCUCGCCCUCUUCCCUCUUCGUUACGUGCUUUCUGUCCUGCCCUUGGAUGGUCAGGUCAGGGGCCAUGAAAAGCAGGAGUAGGGUAGAUUUCUUUGGGAUAUUUUUUUUCUGUCGCGGCUAUUCUUCGCGUAUCUUCGCCGCAGUCGCUGAGAGGCAGAAGCUGGGGCGAUCUGGAUGAGUUGGUUCUUGAGAUUUCUAUCAAGAACCGCCCGCCGCCACAAUCACACCGGCCCACGAUUGAGCGCGCAUCGGAUGAUUGAGAGAGCUCCCGACGGUUGAGCGCGCAUCCCACGAUUGAGUGAGCAUCCGCCGAUGGUUGAGCGAGCAUCCUAUCAUGCAAUCCGCGAUUAUGCUGCGGCGUAUCUUGGGUCCCUCCAUAUCAGGAGUCCGUUCAAUCUAUCCCAUAUCUCCCCAACCCACAGUAUCAGGGGCCUUACACACCAAGAGCCCGUUCACGUCCUUGAGAGCCCGGGUCCUCCCCCCGGCCCACACUAUGAUGAGCUGGUAACUAUGAAAGCCCGGGCCGUCCUCUCUGUUUCCAUCGUCAUGCGUCCUCUCAGCAUCCAAAGCUCGCUUGAUGCUCUCUCACACUGUCCUAGCACUUCCAAAGACCCUCUUAGAUUGUCUCACACUCUCCCCGGAGUUAGACCGACCUUAAGGCGAAAGCUGCUUCUCUCAGGCCCUCCCCGGAUGAAAAAGAAGCCAGUUGUGGCACAACAGUUGGAACCUUCGGUAUGCCACUUCGGACCGAUAGUCAGUGAUGCUUCUCACUGCCCGUUUCCCUAACCCUGACUGCCCAAGCUAGCAGCUGAUUAUCGCCGCAAGGCCUUCUUACCUGUUAAUCCUCCACACAGCGCCAGUGCCUACUAAGUCGUGGCAAAUACCGUUGCUGCUUUUGAGUCGACUCAAAAGUCUCCUCCACACAGCGCCGGUGCGUACUAAGUCCUACCAAAUACCGUUGCUGCUUGCCUUCUGCCUCGGCACUCCAGAAGCCACUGGCUAUGGCCGCGGACAAUGCUACAAACGGCACGACUUCGGAUUCGUUUGCCGCAUUCUUGGCCUUGGACGACCUCCCGUCCCCCCUUUCCAGUGCACACUUCAACGCGCUUUUGCCCUCCUUAUCCGGGCAGCACGGAAAUGUUCGGCCAGCAGUCAACACGCUCCCACCCUCCUUUUUUGGGCAGCAGGGAAGUGGCCAGCCAACUGCUGGGUGCACCACUGCGAUUCUCCCUCUGAGCCUCCACUGCCCAAACGCCCGAAUGGGAACCAGUACGCCUGAGCCUCUGGCCUCUGACUCCCCGAAGGGGGCAUUUCCAGAGCUCGGCUCAGGCCAGGAGGCGCACAUACAGAGGAUGCUGGCCGGGCUAUCGCAGCUCGCCCGUUCCGUGACACAGCAGGAGCCGUGCCCAGUGGACAGUGGGGAUAAUAACAAGCUUGGCCGUGUAUCUGACAAGGGUUUCACAAGUGUAAUCAACGAGGUGGGGUUUGACUAUAACGAGGACAAGUCCACUGCACGUGGCGAGCUGUUGCGAGUAUCGGCAGCAGCAGCAGCGGCAGCAGCGGCAGAGGCAGAAGAGGCGGUGCUGUCGAGUGAGGUGGCAGCACGGCUGCAGAUGGGGGGGGGGAGCGAGGAGGAGAGGCAGCAGCUGAUGGCGCUGCUGCAGGCACUCAAAGAGGUCGAAGAGAAGCAGGAGAAGAAGCGGCAGCAGCAGAACCCAAGAAAGCGGCAGCCACAGCAGCCGCAGCAGCAACAGAAGCCACUGCAGAAACUGCAGCAAGAUCCUCAACAGCAGCAGCAGCAGAUGGUGCUGGACGUUGAAGAGAAGCCAGAGGACGCCCCGACACCGCUGGAACAAAAGCAGCAGCAGCAGCUGCUGCCGCUGCAGGCGCACAAGCAGCAGCAGAAGUCACAGCCACAGCCACAGCAGCAGGAAGAAAGCAAAGUGGAGCAGCAAGACUCAGCCCACUCGGCUCUACCACCAGGGGGAGUAUCGGCAAGGCUUCUGGAGAAUACCCUUGCCUUCCGCUACGCUCCAAAGUACGGUCCGGGUGGCGCUCUGCGAUUGGCUCAUGGUGGAGGGGCGUGGGGGCGCAUGGGGGGAAGAGAUGGAGCAAGGAGUGGCAGCGCUGACUGGGGUCCCGACCCCUUCCUGCAAGGGCACGAGCGGAAGAGCUGGGGGGGCAACUCCGCCCCCUUGGGUGGUGGCAUCAGCAGUGUUAAGAGUGGCGGUGCCACCAAUGCUGGUGGUGCAACGAGUGAUGGUGGGAAGAAGAGGAAACGUACAGAGGAUUGUAGUGACAGUGCUGCAGUUGCCGGCAAGGGAGAUGACAGCGUGUGCAUCGCGGAUGCUUGCACCAACCGCAGCUUGCUUGGCCUGACCCCAACAGCGACAGAAUCCCCACUAGAGUCAACCCCUCAGACGGCUCGAAAACACAGCCGGAGCGGGCUUGGCGUAACCCCAAUCAAGACCACAUCCCCACUCGUGCCAUGCUUUCUAAUGUCGCCCAGUGGGGCGGUGGUGGCCGCGCCUUCAGUAAAAGCCGUGGGCGUGGCUGCUUUUGAGCGGGCUGAGCAAGAGGGAGCGGAGCGUAUGGCUUCCAGACGUUUCUUGAAGGGCGGCCUGGCCACAGGGGGGAUGCAGCAGAGACUGUUGCAGGAAGAGCAGGAAGAGCAGGAAGAGCAGGAGGAGGAGCAACCGCAGCAGCAGCAGCAGCAGCAGCAGCAGCGGGAGGAAGAGCGAAAGGAGCGGCAGCCCAUGGCACAGUGGCAUGGAAAUGGGGGCUCAGAGGGUGCAGCAACGACCAGCAGCAGCAAUGGUGAAGUGCCUGCCGACUUGGCUGCUGACAUGGCUGGGCUAGACUACACAGAUGAUCGGGUCGACAACGAGUGGCUGCCACGGUGCCGAGCCUCGAGGAGUGGUUCGGCACCGAGCCAGAGAAUCAAGAGCCGGAGCAUGGCGGAGCGGCGGAGGAGGGAGAGGAUAAGUGAGGGGCUGCAGCGGCUGAGGGUGAGGGUGAAGGGGCGGGGGGACACGUGCGCCAUGCUGGAUAGAGCCGUGCAGUACGUGGAUGCGCUGGAGCGACGCGUGGGGGAGCUCGAGAGGUACAUUCUUGCUGGUGCUGGUGCUGGUGCACUAAGUAACACUUUUGCCGGCAACGCUUUUGCCGGAAGCGCUUUUGCCGGCAGCGCUUUGAUCAGUACCAUGCUCGGCAACAAACCUGCUGCGCUGAACCCCAUGCCUGCUGGCCUCGGGAGUGACGCUGCUUCUUUCCUCGGGAGUGGUGCUGCUGCUUUCCUGGAAGCUGCUGGAAAGCCCUCUGGCCUGUGAAGGUUGGGGGGUGGGAGGCACGUGUGCCAUGGUGGAUAGGGCCAUGUUCCAACAUGGAGGUGGGGAUUUCUGUGCUUGCUGCUGCUGGGAAUGGCACACUGAUGUGUCUGGCACUGCUGUUGGCAUAGGAAGGAAAGGAAUAGCAUUGGAUUCAAGUCGUUGGGAUGCAAAGUCAUAGCGAGGG